CUUUUCUUCUAUAUCUACGACAGAAUAUAGAAUUGUCGACUCUAGUGUUGCGGGACCUCUUUUCAGCCCCAAAAAGUUCAAGGUUCUAGUGAGGGCCAAGUGUGUCCGUUUGGUUUGCUUUUUGGUUACGGCCACCCUUUUUGUUGGAGGAGCUUCUUCUGAAUUGGCUUACUCUAAUGGGCAUAAGAAUCCAGAGGAGGUAGUACAAUUCUUAUGGAACAGAAAACCUAGAAUUUUACUCCAAUGGACCCCUCAUAUUUCUCAAAAAAUUAAGCUUGCUGUGAGAGGAGGUUGUUCAAAUGCAUCCAGUGACUACAAGUGGCUCAGCUCAGAUAUGAGGAUUUUGGAUGUGUCAUCCUAUGGAGUUAUCCAGGCAAAAAGGCCUGGAAUAGCCACUGUUAAAGCUGUCUCCACUUGUGAUCCUCACAACUUUGAUGAGAUUGUUGUCAAAGUUUUCCCUAGUCAAGAUGCCUGCUAUGACAUGGAUGAUAUGGAUCAUAAACUCGACAAUGAUCUAUCGGAGCCAAUCUAUGAAUCGAUUGCAUGCUUGAAAUUUUUUUGCGUAAUAGUUUUUCUCGCAAUUGUUAUCUUUCUAAUAGUAGACCAUUAUUGUUUUCGCCAUAAUUGCUAUGUAAUGCCUGUUAGUCUGUGUUCUAAAACACAGCCAAAGCGGUUGUCUAUGAGACGCACAAGCCGUAAACGACUAUAG